AUGAUACUAGAUAAUAGAUACACGACUCGUCUUCCGCUGACUGUUAACUCGGAUCAAGUUACGUGUCGCGCACAUAAACUCGAGACAUGCACCACCUGUGACCUAGACUUUUCGUCGCUAAACCAACUCUCCAAAAAUUUAAAAGCGAUAAAUGGCCGCAUUCCUGCUUCUAACGCCGCGAACCCCAAUCUCUCGACACAGAUUAACCGUCUAAAAGAUGAAGGUAACAAGAAUUUCCACGCGCAAAACUAUGCCGAGGCUAUAAGAUUGUAUUCACUCGCAGUGGAUAUGGCGUUUCAACGACCCGUUUGGGAGUCGUAUAUUGUGGCAAAGGAAGAAAUAUCGUUAUGUUUGUGUAAUCGGGCCGCGGCCUAUAUUGCGAAUGGCGCUUGGGUAGACGCGUAUGUUGAUACUGUCGCUGUUGUUAAGAUUAGAAGGGAGUGGUCGAAAGGUCAUUUUCGAAUGGGGAAGGCACUAGUAGGACUUAAACGGUACGAUGAAGCAAUAGAUGCUUUUAAUUUGGGAUUGGAACUAGAACCGCAGAGUGAAGAAAUAAGAACAGCUUUGAAGGAUACUGAGACUUUGAUUUCUCAGCUGCAAAAAGAUUAA